AUGUUCUUUUACUUUUGUUGGGGAACACACUAUACAAAGAGAUCAGAUCGCCACUGCUCACCGCCCUCCCACCGCUUGUUCCCCCACUUGCUCUUCUCCGGACUUUUGUGUUUCGCAUUUGCACUGGCACAUCAACUGGAACUUGAGACCAACUGGGAUCAACUGGGAUCAACUGGGAUUGAGUGCCUGAUUCGGGCUUGGUUUUCCUUCCUGCUCGUCUCUGAGCUUUUUCGGUCACUUUGUGUUCUCUUGCGAUUGGCUCACACGGCUGUGGUUGCGAUCUGCAUAAUUGUCACCCCGAUUGUCGACUUAUUCCGGGUUAAAGACCGAGGAAAUUUCCCCGGCUUUAUUGGCACGUCUCACAAUCUCCCCGGACUUCAUUCCUCCACUCCUCAGAGUUUCAAGGGUAAAUUAUUUGCAUUCCUUUUCUCCCUUUCGUCUAUUAUGCCAUUUGAUUGGGUUGCCUGGUUUUUUGCCUUGCGCACGGAGGCCACGACAUCUUCAAAUCGCCGGGCGGGGUCGAGUCUUGACUAA